AUGGCCCCAUGCACACCAAGAAACACUAGACGUAGAUCUAUCUCCAGUGGAGUGAGUACCUCUCUUUCCCAGGUUAUAGCUGGCAGUAUUGAACAACGUGCAAUUGCUUCUCAACUAGUAUCUGUUUCCAGCAGUGAUGAGUGCCUGGAUCAGAUGUCCAUAGACCUAAAGAACAUUAUGAUGCAGCUUGCAUCAAUGGACUGCAAGGUAGGCCAGCUGAUGGAUAGCCAGAGAAGAAACAUUGGUGCUGCUGCUCGGCAGGAGAGUAUGCCAGCAAGCUUGCUAGCCCUUGCCCCUUCGUCUCCUCUCCCUGUGCCAGCCAUGUCUGAGCAGGAAAUAGGCUCUACAUUGAUUAAUGGAAAGGUCUGGAAAAGGAACCUGAAGUCCAGAGACUCUACUGUCAUUGCUGAGAAUGAGGCAAGAAGAAGAUGGAACGUCAAUGAGCACAUCGACCAUCCCAAAAAUGCUGCGCUUGUUGAUUAUCUCCAUCAUUACGUUCUUGCACAACCGUGUGCGGGAAAUUUCUGGUCCAGAAUGGUGAUUCUUGCCCAUUGUACGCAUACAUACCUGACGAACUGGAGGUUGAUUGACAAUGAGAUGGGCCUUGAAGUUGGACUUCUUUCUGAGAUGUUGUUCCUCCAUCUCUUGCAGAAAGAUGUGAUGUUAGAUGGUGAGUCUGACAUGGAAGACAUGAACGUUGCAACUCUGAACAAUUUCUUGGAGAUUGUUGACUUUGUAGCAGUACAAACUUGUUCAGACAAGUCAAUGUUGAAGUCAAGGGCAAAAAUGCCUAGACUUCAAUCAGGGAAAAGAAUGUUGUUGUCCCUUGUCACCUAA